AUGGCCCCUGUAGCUUCUCACUUCAAACUCAACACAGGAGCGAACAUUCCUGCUGUUGGCUUGGGUACCUGGAGGUCGGAGCCAGGCGAGGUCCGCGACGCAGUAUCCUUCGCCCUAAAGCAGGGAUACCGUCAUAUCGAUGCAGCGUUGAUUUAUGGUAAUGAAAAUGAGGUUGGCCAAGGUAUCAAGGAUAGUGGUGUGCCUCGUGAGGUGAUAUUCCUGACGAGCAAGCUAUGGAACACCCACCAGCCCAACGUUAAAGAGGGUCUACAAAAGUCAUUAGACGCCUUGGGCACAGACUACCUCGAUCUUUACCUCAUCCACUGGCCGGUGCGCCUAGUCCCCAACGAAUCUAGCGAGCUUCUCCCCGUGAAUCCGGACGGGACACGAUCUGUUGACCGAGAGUGGGAUCAAAGUGAAACUUGGCGCCAGAUGGAAGAGGUUUACAAAUCUGGCAAAGUCAAGGCCAUUGGAGUCGCCAACUGGUCGAUUCCUUACCUAGAGAAACUAAGCAGGACUUGGAAGGUCGUCCCCGCAGUCAAUCAGGUGGAGUUACACCCUCUCCUGCCUCAGCACAAGCUUCGGGAGUACUGUGCAAAGCAUGAUAUACUGCUAGAGGCGUAUUCCCCACUCGGGUCAGCAGGUGAGUGGAAGAGAUUUCACGUUGAACAAUUAUAUUUAGUUGUUGCUAACAUCAGCCUCCCUUUAGGCGCACCUAUCAUGUCCGACGAAAGUGUGCAGGGUGUCGCAAAGAAAUACGAUGUGUCUCCUGCUACAGCUCUGAUCAGCUACCAUGUUAACAAGGGAGUGGUAGUCUUGCCAAAGUCUGUACAUGAGAAGAGGAUCAUCAGCAACAAGACAGUCAUUGAGUUGUCCGAUGAGGAUAUAGGGCUACUGGAUGAUUUGGCUGCCAAAGGCAAGGCAAAGCGCAUGAACACACCGUUGUGGGGAUGGGAUCUCGGAUUUGAUGACUGGUAUGGUCCCCCAGCAAGUUCCCGCUAG